GUAAUAAUUGCCCUUGCAGAAAAAAACCGGUCCCACAUUCCUUACCGAAACUCUAUGAUGACCUCAGUGCUGAGAGACAGCCUAGGAGGAAACUGCAUGACUACCAUGAUAGCAACACUCUCUAUAGACAAAAGAAACAUAGAUGAAUCUAUAUCAACCUGCAGAUUUGCACAGCGAGUUGCUCUUAUUAAGAAUGAAGCAGUUCUUAAUGAAGAAAUUGACCCCAGAUUGAUGAUUGUCCAGCUGAAGAAGGAGAUCCAGGAGUUGAAGGAUGAGCUGGCACUGGUGACUGGCAAGCAAAGAACGUCAGAGCUUUCCCAAGAAGAGCUACUUCAGUUGGAUGAGUUAAUUGAAACAUUUCUUGAAGAUGAUGAUCCUGAUAGCACUCUGGAUGUUGGCGCUGACAUGCGCAAGAUCAAGUAUUGCUUUGUUCAUGUGAAGCAACUAAUGAAUAAUUCAAAGAUUUCUGACAAAAAAAUGCUCUCACAACACAUCUCUGAAGAGAAAGACACUAACAAAGAAGCAGGAGAAGAAUUGAAAAAACUGAAAGAACUUCUGCAGCAAAGAGACAAUGAAAUCAAUAUCCUGGUAAAUAUGCUAAAAAAAGAAAAAAAGAAAGCUCAAGAUUCUCUUUUCCAUCUUAAUGCUGCCUCUGCUGGUUCUACAGUCUUGGAGCAGUCUCUUUCCAUAAACUUGGAAGAAAGUCAGAGCCCAUCUAGCUGUUUUAGUCUCAAAGAGGCAAAAGAUUUCAGCUCUUCAGUUCACAGACUACCUUUUCUUUCCAGACAAACAGGAGGAAAGAUGUCACUUGGAUGUCAGGAAGCUUUUGAGGUUUUCAAGCGGGACCAUGCUGACAGUAUAACCAUUGAGGACAACAAACAGCUUCUAAAACUGAGGUUUGCUGAAGCUAUGUGCCUUGGAGAAAAAUUAAAUGAAGUGAGAAAUAAAAUAAACCAUCUGAAAGGAGAAAUAACCCAGAGGCACAUUCAGAGGGCAGCUCUAGCUGUUUCCAAUCCUUCUGAAGAACUAAAUAUGCUCGAUCCUGUAGAAGAGGAACUUCGAACAAAAAUUGAAGAAGAAAAAAAAAGUUAUAAAUCAAUGUUCAAUCGCUUGAAAGGGCUGAAGGUAGAGAUUGAGCACCUGCAACUUCUUAUGGAAAAAGUCAAGAUGAAGCUGCAAAAAGACUUUGAAAUGUGGUGGUCUGAAGAGACAACAAAUCUACAGGUCCAGCAGGAAAAGCCAGAGAUGGUUAGCUCACCAAAUACCACGAUUGUUUAUCCCCAGUUUAUCAAAUCCUUGCAACAUCUACCAACUAACAGUUUUUCAGACACCACAAGGGUCAGCCCUAAUGAAGAUCCAGCUGGGAAAAACAGUACAAUCACUUCUAGUAACCCAACUUCAAAAACAAGGACCCCACCAAGUUCAUCUAUUCCUCUGACUGGAGACAGCCAGGCUGAUGCUGACAUCCUAGCUUUCAUUAAAGCAAGACAGAACAUCCUGCAAAAGAAAGCUGGUACAAAUUUAACGGUAACAAUUGACACCAAAUAA